AGUCACCUGUAGCUGUAGCUAAGCCUAAGGGGUCCAAUCCUUUUGGGGAAGCAAGGCCAAGAGAGGAGGUGUUGGCAGAGAAAGGGAAAGAUUGGAAGGAGAUUGAAGAGAAGCUGGACAGUGCGAAGAUUAAGGAGGUGGUUUCAGGGGCUGAUAAGGGAGAGAGAGGGAGGGGCAGUUAUGGCCUUGGAAACAGGCGAGCCUCAGCAGAGAGGAGCUGGAGAAAGAAUGAGUCCGUUGAUGCUGCAUCUGCUGAGCCCCAGAGUGACGAGAAACCUGACAAUGGUGAUGCUGCAGAGAAUUGAAGAUAGAGAUUACCAAUUGCAAAGCUUAGGUCGGUGGGAAGAGGAGGCAAAAAGAUUAAGAUUCUCAAAACUUUUAUGUGCUGGAUAGUAGAGAUGUUUUUUUUUUCUUUUGUUGUGACUCUUAUUACUGUCAAAAGCAGUAUUUAAACAAUUUUGCAGGGAGUGAUUACUGAUUAGAUUUCUUAUUUUUGAAAUUUUGUUUUAUGUGGGUGGAGCAUGACUGGAUUAUUAUUGUUUUAACUUAAUGAGCAAAUAAAUCAUUAGUUUUAGU